CCACCCGUUUCCGUUUCCUUGGCGCGCGACCGAGGAAAGGAUGCUCCUGCUGCGCGCCAAGCCGCCGCCGGCGCCCGCCAUCCCGAUCUCCUCCUUCUCCACGCCGCCGUCGACGGCGGCGUAUGCUACCACUAAGCACACCUCCUCCUAUUCCUUCUCCGCCACGGCCCGUUGCUCCGUCGGCAACCUCUCGCCCGUCCGAUUCGAGCCCCUCCGCUCCGACUCCGGCCCGGACCCCUCCUCCUAUGCCAGCGAAGGCGAGGAGCAAGAAGAGCAGAACAAGGAGCAGUACGAAGAAGAGGAGAAGGGAGGUAGUAAUAACAAGCAGGGAGGCAUCUCCGGCAUCAGCGUGCCGCGGCAGCGCUACAUCGCUGUCCCCAAGGCGGCGCUCCUCGACGCCGUCCUCUCCCUAUUCCCCUCCUCCCAGCCCCAAACCGCCGCCGCCGCGGAAUUCAAGCGCUUCUCAAGGUGCUUGGACGCCGUUCUGCACGCUGAGCACAAGGAAGUGCUGGAGGAGAUGCGCGCCUAUUACACGCUCACGCAACCAAAUCAGGAGGAGCAGGAUGAACAAAAAAGCCCCCCAGUCUCCGGCGGUGGCCAAGCGGCGGCCGCGGUGAACGGCAAGAGCUCUGGCUUAUUUGGUAGUAUGACCCAGCUGGAUGCCGACGGGACAUCGUUUCUUUCUAGAAGCUUGGACUGGAGAACUCUACUCGGGUUGUCCCCGGAUCCUGUUUCUCCCACCAGAGUUGCUUUCGCAACUCAUUUCCAGCGUGCCUUCAUGAACCUUCUGCGCAAUGCUCAGUUCGAAGAACUCUCCGCGCAAGAUCUGCUAUUGACCUACUCGUUAAACAGCGAUUAUAUCUUAACGUUGCCGGUUUACGUUGAUUGGAAAAAGGCAGCCGAAUCUAAUGCGAUAAUAUUCCGGCGUGGGUAUGCAACUGAGAGCCAGAAAGGUCUAAUGUUGGUAGAGAAACUUGAUUACCUACAGUCAAAACUAUUACAAAAUAUUUUCUUCAGCCUAUCCAAACCCUUGGCCAAACUGGGGAAAUGGAUCAAUGAGGCAUUGAAAAGAUCAACAGGGAGCCAGGGGUUUCAGAUCUGGAUUGACAAACUGAAGCUCUGGCUGAAAGAGCAAACUUAUGCAGAGAAUUCACUGUUGUUGAUAGAAAACUCAUCAUGGGACAAGCCUAUUUCUGAUCAAUUGCCAGACGCAGAUCUUCCUAUUUGGAUUGCUGCACAGAGAGCAGUUUCUCGUUAUGAAGGUUUUCUGUCACCUGUUGGUCCUCGUGGCAGACUUCUAAGAAGACUGCUUACGUGGACAGGAUUAAUCCCUUCUCUGCCAGAAGCAACGAUAAAUUCUGAUGUUGAAACAAAACAUUUUGAAGGCUCUGCGAGGCCUAAUUUCCUGCCUAGAAUUACCCUUGCAAAUAUAUGGGAGCCAGCAAGCAUAGAAUCUUGUGACAACAAUGUUUGGGAGAUAGUUAAAGCUUCUUUUGCCAUUCUAUUUGGCAAGUCUACUCUGCAGGAACCAGCAUUUCAAGAACUGAUCAUACUUUAUUCUGAUGAUGCUACUGAAAGCAAUGAGAGGGGCAAAUCAGAGAUGCUACCGCCACAGUUGAAAAUUUACGAGAAAAUACCCAUCCCAGAUUUGCCAGUGGUUUUUCCUCACAAGAAGUUGUCCUUCCGCAUCCUUGAUACAGUACGGCUGGAUAUAGCUACCGUAAUAGGAUUGUUGGCAUAUGUUGUCAACUACAAAUUUGAGAGUUUAGCCUCGUCCCCGUCAGCUUUUCUUCUUGAUAUAGCUGCUUUUACUGCACUUGCAAUACUUGUGUUCCGUGUGACACUAGGCUACAAACAGACCAGAGAUAGAUACCAGCUUCUGGUCAAUAAGACGCUCUAUGAAAAGACAUUAGCAAGUGGCUUUGGUUCAGUUUACUUUCUUCUCGAUGCUUCUGAGCAACAACAGUAUAAGGAAGCACUGUUGGCAUAUGCUAUGUUGCUCUGCAGAAAGAAGUAUCAGGUGUCAUCUCGCGCAAGCAUCAGAGAUGCCUGCGAGCAGUUUAUGUACGAGAAAUUUAAGGCGAAGAUUGAAAUGCCUAUCGACAAAGCUAUGGAGACGCUGCUACGGUUGGGUCUGGUGAUCGAGCUGCCAACUAACGGCAGCUCCUCUGUAAUAGCUAUUCCAUGUCCAGACGCAUAUGAGAUCCUCAAAAGCCGCUGGGAUAGUCUGUUGGAACAUAAGACAGAACAAGGGUGAUGAAACCUGAAAAUCGUCUUUGAUUCCUGUAGCCGAGUAAUGGUCGCAGUCAAGUGGUGCAGGAACUUGCUGGUUUUAUCCAACAAAGAGGUUGAAAGGAAAUACACCCAGCUCUGUCAUCAUCGAUCGGGGUUUGCGAAGAGCCAGAUGUACAGUCAGGAUUAAUGCUGGUUUUCCUUGCAAACUCCCCAGGAGUUGGUGCAUAGAUGCUGGAGAAUUCUUGUAUGCGAGCACUGAGCCGUCCUUCUGUUAGUACGUAAAUAUGUAUAUACACACCUGGUCUUGUGACCAACUUUUGUUGCAUGUUGUUCAUACUUGCUUGACUCCAAUUGGCAUGAUUUUUCCAGUUAUGAGAUGAGAAACAGAGCAUAUCUGAGUAUGUGUUUUUUUACAA